AUGUCAUCAAAGUACGGCUUCGAAACCACCGCCGAGGAGGUGGUGAGCGACCUCCAGAGCCACAUCGAAGGCAAGGUUGUCUUGACCACUGGCGUCUCUCCUGGCGGCCUUGGUGCCUCCUUCGCGGAACAAAUCGCAGCAGCCAAUCCAAAGUUGUUGAUUCUCGCAGGCCGCAAUGUCUCCAAAGUCCAAGAAACGGCACAAAAGAUCCUCAACUCGACCAAAGGCGCCGUGCAGACUCGCGUUCUCGAACUUGAUUUGGGUUCCUUGGCCAAAGUCCGUGAGGCCGCGGCAGUGGUCAAUGCCUACUCCGAACCCAUUGACGUCCUAGUCAACAAUGCUGGCAUCAUGGCAGUCCCUUACUCCACCACUCCAGAUGGCUUUGAAUCUCAGUUUGGCACCAACCAUCUUGGUCCCUGGCUUUUUACCAAUCUCAUCCUCGACAAGGUUCUCACCGCCAACAAGCCCAGGAUCGUCUUUGUGUCCAGCGACGGAUACAGACUCAGUGGCAUUCGCCAUCAUGAUCCUGGCUUCCAUCAGGGCCAAGUCUACCACAGCUUCCGCGCCUACGGACAAUCCAAGACGGCCAACAUCUUGUCCGCCGUUUCCCUGGCCGACAAGUAUGCCGACAGAGGCCUCGUCGCCCUCAGCCUGCACCCUGGAGUCAUCCUCACCAACCUAGCCAACCAUUUAGACGUGCAAAAAGACUUUGCGGAACUCUCUGCCUUUGACCGGGAAAUCGGUGCUCCUCAAGGUGACUGGACAGAUUUCCCUUUCAAGACUCCCAGUCAAGGAGUCGCCACCCACAUCUUUGCCGCCUUUGACCCGAAUCUGUCAGAAUUCAACGGGAGAUACCUUGAAGAUGUCCACGUCCAGGAUCUCGACGAUAUGUAUCCCCAUGCAAUUGGCAUUCGGGAAGCCACCAAACUGUGGAAGCUGAGUGAAAAGAUGGUCGGCCAAACCUUUGACUGAUAAUGAAUGUAUUACAGGGCUUGA